GCAGGAGAGGAGCUGUGAGUGAGGUGGAGAAGAACACCGCGGGUGGGUGAGGAGGGAGUGGAGACAUCUCGAGGUUUCAGAAGGAACACUCAGAGGAACCAGGGCGCUGAGGGUCCAGGUUCCAGUUGGCCCUCUCUACAUCAAGUGGAGGAGAAAAGUUUGUGCAUUGAGCCCCCAAGUUUUGGAGGACCCCGUCUUGAGGCGCGGGGGGACGGAGGAGGCUCGUGAGGAGCUUCCUGCAUGGAGCCCACCCAGCCUUUGGACAACCUCAGCCUGGCCCAGCAGCCCCCCGCCCCAGAGCCUGGGGACCCAGAAGACCCCAGGGAUGAGACCCCUGACAGCUCAGACACUGUGGUCCUCAGCCUCUUCCCCUGUACUCCGGAGACUGGGAACCCUGAAGCAGAUGCUGGAGUCCUCUCACCACAGGCAGGCAGCUCCCUGAAGCACUCCACCACUCUCACCAACCGGCAGCGCGGGAAUGAGGUCUCCGCCCUGCCAGCCACCCUGGACUCACUGUCCAUCCACCAGCUCGCAGCCCAGGGGGAGCUGAGCCAACUGAAGGAACACCUGAGGAAAGGGGACAAUCUAGUCAACAAGCCAGAUGAGCGUGGCUUCACCCCCCUCAUCUGGGCCUCAGCCUUUGGAGAGAUUGAGACUGUCCGCUUCCUGCUUGAGUGGGGAGCCGACCCACACAUUCUGGCCAAGGAGCGGGAGAGUGCCCUGUCGCUGGCCAGCACGGGUGGCUACACGGACAUCGUGGGGCUGCUGCUGGAGCGGGAUGUGGACAUCAACAUCUACGAUUGGAACGGAGGAACCCCCCUGCUGUACGCCGUGCGAGGGAACCACGUGAAGUGCGUGGAGGCCUUGCUGGCCCGAGGAGCUGACCUUACCACGGAGGCUGACUCUGGCUACACCCCGAUGGACCUCGCCGUGGCUCUGGGGUACCGCAAAGUGCAACAGGUGAUUGAGAACCACAUCCUCAAGCUCUUCCAGAGCAACCUCGUGUCCGCUGACCCCGAGUGAAGGCCGCCACCAGGGACUCAGACACUCAGGGAACAAAACGGUCGACCCAGAGCCGGGGCAACCCAGAACUGGCUUGAGGCAGCU